AUGACUACCUCUUUCCCUCGCUUGCUCUCCACCGCAUCCAACCCUACUCUCCUCCGCACCGGAUCCGAACACCUAGCUCGUUCUGUUUCCAACUCAGUGACACGUCUCCUCUCCUCCUCCUCAACUCAGCACCACAACCACAACACCGUUAGGGAUCAACCACAUACACCGACGCCAGAAUCUCUUAAACAAAGCCAAAAGGAACAACAACAACAAGAAGAACAAGAAGUAGAUGACGGCGACGAAAUUGAUCUGAACAAAGAAACGGGCGAGGUCGGUGGGCCCAAAGGGCCUGAGCCCACAAGGUACGGCGAUUGGGAACGGAAUGGUCGCUGUUCUGAUUUUUGA